AUAUACAUACAUUCCACAGAGUCAGUUGAUACGGGACUGGUUAGUUAAUAUGGUACUGAGUCUCGCAGGGAACGGAGGAGCAGUGUACGGUGCUUGCAGUGAGAUUGACAAGGAACCUCCAGACUUCCUUGCAGCGUAAGUCGGCCAGCGCGGCCGGAAAGCAGAGGGAGCUCCAGCUGGACCAUAUACAGAGUCUGUUGCUCUAUCCCUUCCACUGGUCCCCAAUUCCCCCGUCUCCCUCCUCUCCUGAGUCUAUAUAUACCCCGCAGUGCACACCGGCACACGCCCUGGCGCCAGCGCUGUCAUCGUCAUCGUCAUCAUCCCCACCACCACCACCACCAGAGACCGAGAUGGCGAGGGGGAGCCAAGGCGGCGGCGGCGGCGGCGAGGAGGAGAACUACUGCGGCUCCUGCGAGAUGACGAAGCAGCACGCGACGUGGUGCGCUCGGCGGCUGCCGAAGCGGAUCAUCCUCGUGCGCCACGGCCAGAGCCUGGGGAACCUCGACACGUCGGCCUACGCCACCACCGCUGACUCCCGCAUCCCGCUCACGGACCUCGGGGUCGAGCAGGCGCGCGCCGCCGGGAGGCGCAUCCUCGACGUGGUCUCCGGCACGUCGGCCGAUGGCGACGGGGACGCGGACCCCGACGACUGGAAGGUCUACUUCUACGUCUCCCCCUACGAGCGCACCCGGGCCACGCUGCGCGGGAUCGGCGCCGCCUUCCCCCGCCGCCGCGUGGUCGGCGCCCGCGAGGAGUGCCGCGUCCGCGAGCAGGACUUCGGCAACUUCCAGGUCGAGGACCGGAUGCGCGCCCUCAAGGAGACCCGCGACCGCUUCGGCCGCUUCUUCUUCCGCUUCCCCCAGGGCGAGUCCGCCGCCGACGUCUUCGACCGCGUCGCCAGUUUCAUGGAGUCGCUGUGGAGGGACAUCAACCACGGGAGGCUGGUUCAGAGCACGACCUCCGAGAUCAACCUGGUGAUUGUCUCGCACGGGAUCACCACGCGCAUCUUCAUGAUGAAGUGGUUCAAGUGGACGGUGGAGCAGUUCGAGCGCCUCCGCAACAUGGAGAACUGCGAGUUCAGGGUCAUGCAGCUCGGCCCCGGCGGGGAGUACAGCCUCCUCGGGCACCACACCGAGGAGGAGCUCGAGGCAUGGGGCCUCUCGCCGGAGAUGAUAGCCGACCAGCAGCGGCGCGCUUCCGCCGACCGCCCCAGCGAGUGCUCCUCCUUCACCGCCACCUUCUUCGACGACUGGACCGAUCCACCGGAGGAAGACGACAAUGGCAAGAAGCCAAGAACAAGUCGCUCGAGUAACCCCGGUCAACUCGCCCCUCCUUUAGGCUUAUUAGAGUUUCUUCUACUCUGAUUUGAUACUGCUGCACACCUCGUUCGUUCCUCGCGACGCUCCUCGACGACUGGAAGGAUUCAGAAAAAGAGAUUGGCAAGAUCAAGCUGCCAAAGCAUCCGACUGUUAGUUUCGCUAAAGUUCUUCAGAAUUGAUAUUGCUAGUGCUAGUGCCUUUCGCCGUGGAUGGAUGUAGCCGAUGCUGGUUUGUUUUUCUUGAAUUUGCAACCUAUUCAUAGUAGCUAGACAUUCAGAUAUGAUUGGGGAAAUGCCGUAAAGCAUUUGGAGAAUGAUUUGGGGUGUUUUGACUAUGCUGAUCCUUGGUUGAAUUUACAACCUGUUAAUAGUAGUUCUUGUACAUAGAGUUAGACAUUUGGAUGUGAUUUGGGGAAAUGCAGAAGGUGCUCUGCUUGGCAAUGCCAUAUAAAAAGGGAAUAGAAAACAACUUAGCAGUUUUUUCCAAA